AACUGGAGCCGCAAAGCGCCGCGUUACUUCCCUGCGUUCGGCGCCGUGCGCGGGUCCGAGCCCGCCCUGUGUGGCGGCGGCUGCCGGCCGUGUAAAGCAGCUGGAUUCACUCGUGCCGAGGCGCCCUCCUGCGACCGGGACAUGGCGGCAGAGGAGUCCCAGUACCUGUUGGCUCAGCCGACUUCGGACGCUUACCUGAGAGUGCAAAACAAGAAGCUGUACCUGGCCACGUUCGCUGCUGUCCUGGGACCGCUGAGCUUUGGCUUCGUGCUGGGCUAUAGCUCACCUGCUAUUCCAGAGCUGAGGAAAAUCAACAAUCCGGAAUUACGACUGGACGACAAUCGGGCAUCGUGGUUUGGGUCUAUAGUAACAUUGGGAGCUGCUGCUGGAGGAAUACUGGGAGGCUGCCUUGUGGAUAAGAUUGGGAGAAAGCUGAGUCUGAUGCUGUGUUCAGUACCAUAUGUCUCUGGAUACAUAGUUAUUAUUUCAGCUCAGAACAUCUGGAUGCUCUAUUUUGGACGAAUACUAACUGGCUUAGCCAGUGGAAUUACUUCACUUGUUGUUCCAGUAUAUAUAUCGGAAAUAUCUCAUACAAGUGUUCGUGGUAUGCUUGGCUCUUUUGUCCAGUUGAUGGUGGUGACUGGCAUACUUGGAGCCUACAUUGCAGGAAUGGCACUAAAAUGGCAAUGGCUGGCAGUAUUAUGUUCUUUUCCACCAUGCAUCAUGCUUUUGUUUAUGUUGUUCAUGCCUGAAACACCGAGAUUUCUGCUGGAUCAGAAUAAACGUGCAGAAGCUAUUGCUGCUUUACAGUUCCUGCGAGGACUAUAUGUGGACCAUGAAUGGGAAUGCCAGCAAAUUGAAGCUAAUGCUGAGGAGGAGGGACUAAGCCUCUUUGAACUUAAGAAUCCUUCAGUCUACAGACCACUUCUUAUUGGUGUGAUUCUGAUGUUUCUCCAGCAAGCAACAGGCAUUAAUGCAGUUAUGUUUUAUGCAGAAACAAUCUUUGAAGAUGCAAACUUCCAGGACAGCAGAAUGGCUUCUGUUGUUGUGGGUUCCAUACAAGUAUGUUUCACUGCUGUGGCUGCACUUAUCAUUGAUAAAACCGGAAGAAAAGUGCUGCUUUAUGUGUCUGGGAUAAUCAUGGCUCUCAGUACCGCAUUGUUUGGAUUUUACUUUAAAAUGGUCCUUCCAAGUGGGAACAAUUCAUCAAAUGCUGAUCUGUGGUUCACUUUAAAUUCAGUAUCUCCUGGAACAGAAACUAGACUAUCCUGGCUUGCGGUAGUAAGCCUGGGACUCUUUGUUGCUGGCUUUGCCCUUGGCUGGGGUCCAGUUCCAUGGCUGGUAAUGUCUGAAAUCUUCCCACUUAAAGCAAGGGGCAUAUCAAGUGGUGCCUGUGUGUUAACAAACUGGGUUAUGGCCUUUUUGGUGACCAAGGAAUUUCACGAUUUUGUAGGUUUCUUAACAUCCUAUGGGACAUUCUGGCUCUUCUCUGCCUUCUGCUGCCUCAGUGUGAUUUUUGCAGCCUUUUAUGUUCCUGAAACAAAAGGACAGACUCUGGAACAGAUAGAAGCCUACUUCAGAAAAUCUUAAACCUCAGGCUUUUGCUGAUACGAAACCUUUACAUCAUUAUUUGUGGUGCUAUUGCUAAAACUAACUGUAUUACGUUGUAGAAACAAUUGUUUUAAGUAAUUUUGUAAAAUCUACUUUUUCUUCAUCUCCCCAAAAUCUGUAGGUAUUUGCCUGCAUUUGAUUAUUGCUGCAUACUUGCUGUAGUAUGUUUUCCUUGUGUGGGUCUUGGACAUAGUAUUUUUUUUUUUUUUUUAAUUACUGUUGGUUGGGUUUGUUUGUUUUUCCUGGCCUGGCACAGACUGACAGCAGUGGCCAUGAAAGAAUGUUAAAUGUAUUUCUGCUGUCUUUUUUUCUCAUAGGUAAAUUAAGAUAUAAUUUUUAAAAUAAUUAAAAAAUUGUAUUUUCCCCCUUCACAGUUCCCUACAUAUGCUACAAUGAAGAAAUUAAUGCUACAGUGAGGACUGUAA